AAAAGGUUGUUUGUUAUUUAAAUUUGGCCGAAAUUUGACUAACAAUGUACUGAUUCGUAAUUUUUCAUAGACCACGCGUCUGCCCGACAAGUGUUGACAAGUUUUGAAGAACAGCGAAAUUUAAAAUCGACAACGUCUUCUUCAUUUAGUUAUAAGGUAAAUUCAGUUCUACUUAAGAUGGCACAAAGAAGAUCAUCCAAGAUGUCCAAGAAAGAAUUCAAUGAUCAAUUUGAGGCAUUUUUGAAGGAGUCCAUGUCCUCAGAAGAGUCCAUGGAUUCUGCGAGGGUCGCCAAAUAUCUGAAUCCUCCGAAAAAGAAAGAGAAGCCGUGGUGGAUGGAUCAGGAUGAUGACGAAGACGAGGAAGAAAUUGGAAGAGGUCUCACAGCAAGUGGGAAAAGCUUUUUGAAGAAGAAGAAACCCGAGCCGGAGACCAGCACACCCAUCAGGGAGGACCAGACAACUUCCAUACGAGACAAGAAACCCGACUUAGACAGUUCUGAUGAUGGGAAAAAGAUCGCAAGUCCCGCAGAAAGGCGUGGCAAAAACAAGAGAGAGAUGAAAGCAAAAGCAGUAAGAGGGAAAACAGACAACUCAAUGAGCAAGGACUCCCUGGAGGACAUAUCAGAGAAGUCAGAAGAGGAAAGCACAAAAACAAAUGAAAAGCGAGGCCUCGGUGGAACUAGGAGUAGUGCGGAACCUUCACAGAACGGAAGAACUGGAAAACACACAAUGCCUGGCAUGGAGACUUUAGAUGAAAUGGCAGAAAAAGAGAAAUUUUUUCAGGACUUGGAGAAGAAUGCGUCAGGUGAAACUCUGGAUUACAGCAGAAUGAACCGCGACCUGAGUCAGAGUGCCACCACCAUGUCACCAGAGGGCGCCGCUAAAGCUGCCGCCACGCUCGCCGCACUAGAGGACAUAGAACAGGAGGAGGAGGGAUCACUCCACCCUCCACAGAAAUCUGAACCAAUCACAGACCAUGAUCCGUCUGUUCAGAAACCCAGCAUGUUGUCAAAAGUGUCUCUGAUGGAUUCCAUGGAUUCUACAAUGAACACAACAGGUUCCCCUAAAGUCGGGGGUACGCUGCAGGAUCCACGGAAAUCGGAGGGACUGGAUGAUGUAGACGGACAGAUUCAUGUCCAACAGUCCACGCCAGGGUCAUUCAAAACGGGAACAGGAGAAUUCAAUGCCCGAAUGUCAGGUUUUAUGGGAACCAACACCAGUAAUGAGAUUGAGGCUCUACACAAAGCCUUAAGGGAGGUGGGGCUCUCCCCAACUAUAAAGAAUGACAGCCAGCCUCUGGACUCUUCACUGGCCAACAACUCAGAGCUGUUACAGAAGAUUUUAUCUGCUGAGCCAGAGAAAGGUAAACAGAGAACUGUGGAGGAAGUCCUACAAGAAAUGGAUGACAUUGAGAAGCGUAACCGAGGUAAACAAGGGGAGGAGGACAUUCAGCUGCUGUCUGACAAGAAAAAGGUUCCAGCUGACAGUGAGCGUAGAAUGGAGGAGAUUCGAGGGUUCGGCCUGUCCCCGAUACAUCAGGACCACUCCUCCCCCCGGGGGUUUGAUCAGUCCCACACAGAGGAUACAGAGAUGUACCAGCCCGUCACUCAGAUUUCAAUAUCAGAGAGAGGGAGGACAAAAAAGAAAGAUUCUAAAGAGAAGAAAACAAAGUCCAAGAAAUCAUCUCCAAUGUCUCCCGGUCACAGUCUGUCUCCAAGGUCAUCACCAAGGAGAUGGAUGUCACCAAGGUCAAACACUGCCAAGCUGGAUGAGAGGUCAAGGUCAUUAUCUCCCACCAAGCCAGGUUCAACCCUGAAGAACAAAUACAGCCAUAUAAAGAGUUCUGGGUAUGGUCAACAGUCCCCUGGUAGAACCCCCAGUAGAGAGAGGCCCUCCAGUGCCAAGGAGAGGGGGACCCUGAGGGGAGAGGAACACAGAGGGGCCCAGCAGGGGGGAAAGGAAGGGGCUCAGGAGAGGGUAACUAGGAAGGAGAGGAAGCCUGGGGUAGGAGGGAGAAAGAAGGGACAGACCUGGUCCCCGGCAGAUAUCUCACGACAGAAGAUCAUAGGUUCCGAGUCUCCAAAACAAAGCCAGGGACAUAAGACUGGUCUGGAUUCCCAGCUCAGGGUCUCAAUCGAGUCAUUCGCUGCUUAUGUAGCGGACCACUUCACUCCAACUAAAGGAAUGCCCAAGGCUAAAUACUCAGAAGACGAACCAUCUUUGGCAGCCAGCUGGAAGGGAGAUAAAUCUGUGGAGGGUUUACCUAAUGACCUGGAAGAACUCCAAAACCUGGUGCUGUCAGAAAGAAAUGCCAAUCAAAAGCUCAGAGAAGACCUUGAGAAUUCUGUGAAACGUCAUGAGAGGGAGUUUGAGAAACAGAAACUGAAAUAUGAAGAGGAAAUCCACAGACUCAAACAGGAGAAUUAUGUCCUGUCUGCUAAGAUACCCGGGGACAAAGACGAAUUAAAGAAACAAGUGCUGAAUGGAGGAGCUGGUGAGAUCAGCACAGAACAACUAGAACGUCUGAAGAAAGAUCUACAGGAGCAGGAGAGUCUGAUAGCAGGGUACCAGCAGGAGAACCAGCGACUGUACGACCAGGUCAAGGUCUUACAGAAACAGGCCAAGGUCACAGAGGAAAGGAUGUUUGAUGAAAACCAGAGACUGCAGACUGAACUCGCCAAUCUCAGAGAAAAGACUGGUGAAGUUGAAGAUGUUCCUCUGACAAAAACCAGAGCCAUAAAGCCAGACAAGGCAGCCCCUGAUAUAAGCACAGCCCUGGGGGUGGGGCAGAUAGCAGAGUUAGAGGCGGAAUUAAGGGAGUUCAAGAGAAAAGAGGCAGCCAUGAAACGUGAGCUGGAGAUCUUACAGAGAACAAAAAUAGAGUUAGAUCAGCAGAUGGAUAAACUGAUCAAGGAAAGAGAACUCUUACAAGACAAAUUAGAGAAGGCUUCAUAUCCAGAGGAUGUCAGGAGGUUAGAAGACAGAUAUAAAGAGGAAGUAGAGAGACUUAACAGGAAGUUAAAGUGGUAUGCUGAAAACCAGAAAAUGUUGGACCAGGACACCAAGAAAAUGAAAGCUAAAGAAGAGGAGAUUAUUUUAAACUUAAGUGUAGAAAUAUACAAUUUUUAA